AAGAACCCUGUAUAAAUAUCCAGGUCUCUCCCACCUUACUGCGUGCUCUUUCAUGGCGAGUCUACUAUACUAUCCUUCAUCUCCCUCUCUCAACCUACACCAGCUGCCUCUCAAAGAUUUCUCAGCAGCUUCCUCCAUCUAUCCCAAUCGUCGGCUUCUUCUCCUUCUUCCCACCACAAGCAGCCCCUGUCAUUUCUCUCUGUUUUAGUCUGGAAUUCCCAGCCAUUGGACAUUGUACAGUAUCGAACAAGCGGUUUGGAUGUAGCACAGGCACUCGUGCCGAUAGUUAGGAUUCAGUUGCAGGGUUAAUCAGCGGAAAAGUCAUUCUGUAAAUGUUGGAUCCCAUGCUUUUAGCUGCAGACUUUCAAGGGUCAAAGAAUCUCCUUCAUCUGAUCCUGCUACAUUGAUAAGGGAACCACACAAGUACUUUGAUCAGGUUAUCAUCACUGUUCGUUCUGGAGAUGGAGGCCAUGGUGCAGUUCUUAGCAUGCCUAACCAGAAAGUUGCUUCCAAGUCAAAAGGAAAACACGAGCCGGAGAAGACGAGGAAGAAGAAUUUAUACAGAAGGAAUUCAGAUGGAUCACUUAUCUUGCCUAUGGGUGGACACGGCGGAGAUGUUGUUAUUUAUGCAGAUGAAAGUAAGGAUUCUUUGCUGGAGUUCCACAAAAAGGGCCGUUACAAUGCAAAGCGUGGGGGAAAUGUUGAUGCGAUGGGUGUUCUGACAUCUCAAUUGCACGAUGGGUUUGCUGCGCCAACAUUGCGUAUUCCAGUUCCUGUAGGUACAGUUGUAAAACGAAAGCGAGGAACAUUUCUUGCAGAUCUAGCACGUCCAAGUGAUGAAAUUCUUGUUGCAAGGGGUGGGCAAGGAGGGAUUAGCUUGUUAGAGAUGCCUGAACAUAGAAGAAAAAGAUUAAUGGCUUUAACCACUAACGUUAUGAGAGAUGAUAGUGAUAAGGUUUUAGUUCUUGGGCAACCUGGAGAGGAGGUUAGUUUAGAGCUGAUAUUAAGAGUGGUUGCUGAUGUGGGCCUAGUGGGACUUCCAAAUGCUGGAAAAUCAACAUUGUUGGCAGCCAUCACACUUGCAAAACCUGAUAUUGCUGAUUACCCUUUCACAACACUGAUGCCAAACCUUGGACGCCUUGAUGGGGAUCCAAGUUUGGGGGCACUACAGUAUUCAUCUGAAGCAACAUUAGCAGAUUUACCUGGUCUCAUUGAAGGUGCUCACCUCGGGAAGGGUCUCGGUCGCAAUUUCUUGAGGCACCUGAGGAGAACUCGUCUAUUGGUCCAUGUUGUUGAUGCAGCUGCUGAGAAUCCUAUUAACAAUUACAGAACUGUCAAAGAAGAAUUGCGGAUGUACAACCCUGAUUACCUUGAACGACCAUAUAUCGUUGUACUAAAUAAGAUCGACCUCCCAGAGGCAAGGGAUAGGUUGCCAUCUUUGGUUCAUGAAAUAUCAGAGAUUGGAUGUCCGGAUGUGCCUUCUGAAUCAGAAAGAAUUUCUGAGGAAGCAUUUCAAGCAUCACAUGUUGAGAGUGAAGAUGCAAGCAAGCUUCCUUUGGGAUCUCUUAAUAAAGAGAGAAAAGAGAAGGAAAUUGAGGAGUACCCUCGACCCCUUGCUGUUGUGGGCGUUAGUGUUCUGAAAUGCAUUAGAAUCAAUGAAAUGUUGAAGGAGAUAAGGUCAGCCUUGAGGAAAUGUCAGGAUUUGGACAAAGCGGCAGAACGAAGUACUGUACUGAUUCAUUUGAAGUGAAGAAUGAGAAGAGAAGGGGUUCAAAAUGUCUGAAUUCAAACUCAGAAGAGAAUUCCUUGCAUUGGCAUAUGUAGGCAUGUGUUAUCUAACUGUUAAAAUGUGAUGGGAUAUGGUGUUGGUGGGUCAUCAAUGUACUAAUGUUUUGGUAAGUAACGAAAGAGUGUUCUCUUACUUUCUUUCUAGGAACUGCCUUGACAAAAUGGUUGUCUGCCAAAUUGAUUUUGUUUUGUACUUCAUGGAUUAAUGUUAAUAGAUAACUUGGAGUAGAUUUGGUUCUCUAAGUACAUAAGAAAUACAUGAACAUGGUUGUAUCUUUCUGGCA